AUGAUGGACAUUGAGGCAAUGUUACAGCGCCUCAAUCCAAAUGCGGAGGAGUAUGUCCCAUCGACAGUGCAGCACAGGCCGACUGCUAUUGUUCGGACUAUUCCAUCCAGAUACGCUUCUUUUAAGAGGAAUUCCAUGCAGAAGCUGCAGAAAGUUCCUGCUUGUGCCGAACGUUGGCGACGACAACCGAGAACGUCACAAAUUUCCACCGAAGAAUCCAUCAAGAGGACCGUUUAUGUCUCUGACAUUGAUCAGCAGGUUACAGAAGAACAACUUGCUACACUUUUCUUGUCCUGCGGUCAGGUCGUUGAUUGUCGAAUCUGUGGAGACCCCAAUUCUAUCCUUCGAUUUGCUUUUGUAGAAUUCACAAAUGAAGAAGGAGCAAAAAAAGCCCUGACUGUAGCAGGAACCAUGCUGGGAUACUACCCACUCCGCGUCUUACCUUCAAAGACUGCCAUUCUGCCAGUUAACCCCAACUAUCUGCCCAAGAGCCAGGGCGAGAAGGAAAUGUGUGCUCGCACUAUCUACUGUACAAACAUUGAUAAGAAGGUUGCUCAUUCUGAUGUGAAGCUGUUCUUUGAGUCACUCUGUGGAGAGGUAUGUGUGCAAGCUAUGAUGGAAUAG